UGCCCUUGCUCCUGGCUUUACCUGCUUUCCUGCAGUGAGGAGCAUCAGGCAGCAUGACCUCACAGCGAUGGAUGCUAGCUGUGUGUUUAUCACUGACCUCAGUUUUAGGGACAGCUGAACUGCUUACAACAACAGAAACUCAGAAAUACACUUGUAGGACUUUUGGCAGCGGGGUCGUCCAGCCUUUCAAUGGCUCGAGUUACUAUAUGCGGUCCAACUGCCCGUUCACCCUCACCCGCUUCACCCACAACCGGGUGGAAUGUGAGAUCACCACAAGGCGAGGCGAAAGCGGGCUGCUGGUCCAAGUCGAGAUAAUCAUCAAUAAAAUCAGGACAACUCUGCAAAAUGGGAGCAUCCUGGUGGAGACGCAGAGUGUUUCCCUUCCGUACGACCACACCUAUCAGCAUAUCUUUCAGUACGGCAUCUACACUAAACUGAGGAGCUCCUUGCUUCCUCUGUCUGUCACCUGGCACAAUGUACCUGGAGGAAUAGACAGUCUGUGGGUGGAGCUGGAGCAGGAGCUGAGCACUGACAUGACCGGACUGUGUGGAAAACACAAUGUUCCAGGCAACAAGCAGCAGUUGAUUUCCGAGAGCGUGCUUGCUGAUGACACGUGUCAAACCCGAGAUCCCACCUCUGUGGUGAAUACGGUGUGCAGACUGUUCUUUUCCUACACCUUGGAUUGCCUGCAAACCAGGACGCUUCAAUACAUCCAACUCUGUGAACAGAAUAUUUACAGCUAUGAAUUGAACAAACACAUUGGCUGUGCUUUCUUCAAAGAAGUUGCCCAACUGUGUGGAAACAGCAGCUAUGUUUGGAACAUAUGGAGAUCUGUAACCACAUGUGAGAAACCAAGGUGUCCAGGAGACCUUGUUUAUAAAGAACAGGGUGCUGCCUUUGUUCCCAGCUGCUCCAACCCCAACCCCAGAUUGUCUGACCAGGAUCUCAUCAGCACCUGUGUCUGCCCAUUGGGAAAGGUGCUUAAUGAUCGUGCAGACGGCUUCCACUGUGUAACUGUGUCCAGCUGCCCCUGUGUGUUUGAUGGCAAGAGCUAUUCAACUGGAGAAAUACACAGCACCAAGUGUCAGUCAUGUAUAUGUGAAGGUGGAAAAUGGCGAUGCUUGGAAAACUUCUGCCCUCCCAGGUGUAUCAUUGAAGGACAGUUUGUGACAACAGUUGAUGGCAAACAAUAUGUGGUUCCUGGUAAAUGUACAUAUGUGGCCUCUAAGGGUUUCAACUGGACUGUAAUAAUAGAGUUUUCUACGAGGGCACCUUCUCUGAAAACAGUCAUUCUUCAGCUUUUUCAGGAAAUUUAUACAUUUUCAUACAACAUGGUUAAAAUUGGAGAGGAGGAGAUCACUGAACUCCAUCAGUCUGAUGAUGCUCUGGUUUUCUGGCAGUCCUCCAUGUAUGUCCAGAUCCAGACAUCAUUUGGUCUCAAGAUCCAAGUCCAGAUGUCUCCUGAAAUCCAGCUGUACAUCACGCCGCCCACAGACCACACUGGCAUGAUCUCAGGUCUUUGUGGCAACAGCAAUAAUGACACCACAGAUGACUUCACCACCAGCAGCGGGAUCAUUGAGAAUGCAGCUCAGCCGUUUGCUCUGUCCUGGAGUGUGGAUACCUGCACAGUAGACAUACCCAGCAGCUGCAUCAACACAGACAAUGAAAUAUUUGCAGAUGAAAGGUGUUCUGUGUUGAACAACCCAACUGGUAUAUUUGCCAAAUGCCAUGGUCACAUCCCAACUGAUCACUACCACACGGCUUGCAUCCAAAGAACAUGUAACUGUGGCAACAGUCUGCAGCAGUGUUUGUGUGUUGCCCUGGGCAGCUAUGCUAAAGCCUGUGCCAGUCUGGGUGUUGUAGUUGGUGACUGGAGGAAAGCUACGAACUGCACUCUGCAGUGUCAGAACAACCAAGAAUUCUCCUACAACAUCCAAGUAUGUAACCACACCUGCCGUUCCCUGUCCGGCCCUGACCCUCGCUGCGGUCUGGAUGACGAGCCGGUGGAGGGCUGUGGCUGUCCAGAGGGGACUCACCAGAACUUGGGCCACAUCUGUACCCCAAAGGCAGAGUGUGUUUGUCACUAUUAUGGCGGUACAACACCACCGGGGUCUAUUGUUAUCGACGGACGACAGUGCUUCUGCGAAAAUGGAAAACUGCAAUGUUCUAAUGACUGUGGAUGCAGAAAUGGGAAGGUUUGCGUUCAUUGCGCUGAGUACCCAGUUAACACGGCUCAGAAAACCUGUGACAGUCUCAGCAAACCAACGGGUUCCAUUAUGACCUGUGAUAGUGGCUGUUACUGCCCAUAUGACCAGUAUGAGGAUCACAAUGGAAAUUGUGUUUCUCUGGACAACUGCACUUGUGUUUACAGCGGCAAAGUAUUCAAUGCGGGACAGUCUGUCAAAACCAACUGCAAGACCUGCGUCUGUGGUGAGGGUCAGUGGCACUGCAGAGAUGAGCCUUGUCCUGGGAAGUGUCAAGUUUACGGAAACGGACACUACCAGACCUUCGACUCCAAAUGGUACCGCUUUGAUGGGCACUGUCAGUACACACUUGUAGAGGAUGACUGUGGAAUUAGAAAUGGCACCUUCUCUGUCAGAGUGGAGAGUGUGCCCUGCUGUGAUGAGGCUCUCACCUGCUCUCGCUCUAUCAUCCUCGAUCUGCAGGGCACCGUCACGCUGACACUGAGCGACAUGAAGGUGACCAGACGCCACCAUGAUGGCUGGACUCUGCAACAAGAAUCGCUUUAUUCCAUACACACUGUGGGACUCUACAUCAUAAUCUUAGUGCCAAGCAGAGGAAUAACUCUCAUCUGGGACAAACACACCCGAAUCACCAUAGAGCUGCAUGCACAUUGGAGGUACCAAGUAUGUGGCCUUUGUGGGAAUUUUGACUCCAAUGAGAUGAAUGACCUGCAGAUAAGUGGCUCCGCAGUGGUGUCCAGUUCCAUGGCAUUUGGCAACAGCUGGAAAGCCACCUCACCCCCUUGCUCUGAUGUGACCACUGAGAUAUUUCCAUGCGAGCGCAACUCCUACUGCUCAGCAUGGGCCCAACGGCGCUGUUUGAUCCUUACAGGAGACACUUUCAAAGAUUGCCACUUAACAGUAGAUCCAGAGCCCUACUACCAUGCCUGUGUGCAGGAGUCCUGCUCCUGUGAGUUUGAGGGGAAGUUCCUGGGCUUCUGCACAGCUGUGGCAGCCUACGCAGAGGCCUGCAGUGACCACAAUGUGUGUGUAAACUGGAGGACACCUGAUUUGUGUCCGGUCUACUGUGACUACUACAAUGAGCAGGGUCAGUGCAGCUGGCACUAUGAACCCUGUGGGGAGAUGCUAACCUGUGGCAAAAGCAGCUACUUCACUCACAAGCUGGAAGGCUGCUACCCCAGAUGUUCAAAGGAGGCCCCAUACUAUGAUGAAAAUACUGGUGAAUGCACCAAAUUGAGAAACUGCACCUGUUAUUUUAAUGACACCAUCAUUCAGCCUGGGACAGUAGUGGUGAUACACUCUGCUGAAUGCCACUGUGAAAAUGGAACAGUUAAAUGUCGAUCUGCUCAUACCACCAGAUCUCAAUUUCAUCUUUACUCUACAACAGCACCUCCACCACCUCCAACUACAACUACGCCUGUCACCAAUUAUACAGCUGCCACGACUCCCACCACAACUGCAUCAACUACCACCGAAACAACGACCAUUACUACUGAAACAACUGUACUUUCCACUACCACUAAACCAACAACCACUUCAUCCACCACUGAAACAACUGUACCUUCCACUACCACUGCAUCAACAACUGCAAGUGCCUCAACUACUUCUGAAACAUGGUCAACAGCACCCUCCACCACCUCAACAUCAAUAACGACCAUUACCGGUGUCUCAACUACUACUGGAAAUUGGUCAACUGUACUUCCUUCCACCUCUACAUCAACAACUACAGCCACUUCAGCUACCUCUGAAACAACUGUACCUUCCACUACCACUGCAUCAACAACUGCAAGUGCCUCAACUACUUCUGAAACACGGUCAACAGCACCCUCCACCACCUCAACACCAAUAACGACCAUUACCGGUGUUUCAACUACCACUGAAAACUGGUCAUCUGUGCUUUCUUCCCCCUCUACACCAACAACUACAACCACUUCAACUACCUCUGAAACAACUGUACCUUCCACUACCACUGCAUCAACAACUACAAAUGCCUCAACUACUUCUGAAACAUGGUCAACAGCACCCUCCACCACCUCAACAUCAAUAACGACCAUUACCGGUGUCUCAACUACUACUGGAAAUUGGUCAACUGUACUUCCUUCCACCUCUACAUCAACAACUACAGCCACUUCAGCUACCUCUGAAACAACUGUACCUUCCACUACCACUGCAUCAACAACUGCAAGUGCCUCAACUACUUCUGAAACACGGUCAACAGCACCCUCCACCACCUCAACACCAAUAACGACCAUUACCGGUGUCUCAACUACUACUGGAAAUUGGUCAACCGUACUUCCUUCCACCUCUACAUCAACAACUACAGCCACUUCAGCUACCUCUGAAACAACUGUACCUUCCACUACCACUGCAUCAACAACUGCAAGUGCCUCAACUACUUCUGAAACACGGUCAACAGCACCCUCCACCACCUCAACAUCAAUAACGACCAUUACCGGUGUCUCAACUACCACUGAAAACUGGUCAUCUGUGCUUUCUUCCCCCUCUACACCAACAACUACAGCCACUUCAACUACCUCUGAAGCAACUGUACCUUCCACUGCCACUGCAUCAACAACUACAAAUGCCUCAACUACUUCUGAAACACGGUCAACAGCACCCUCCACCACCUCAACAUCAAUAACGACCAUUACCGGUGUCUCAACUACUACUGGAAAUUGGUCAUCUGUACUUCCUUCCACCUCUACAUCAACAACUACAACCACUCCAGCUACCUCUGAAACAACUGUACCUUCCACUACCACUGCAUCAACAACUACAAAUGCCUCAACUACUUCUGAAACAUGGUCAACAGCACCCUCCACCACCUCAACAUCAAUAACGACCAUUACCGGUGUCUCAACUACCACUGAAAACUGGUCAUCUGUGCUUCCUUCCGCCUCUACACCAACUACAACCACUCCAGCUACCACUGAAACAGCUGUGCUUCCCACUACACUAACAGCUACAACUCUCUCAACUACUUCUGAAACCCCUAACACCUCUAUUCAUACCACUACAAUGGCUACUACCACUGCAACCUCAGUAAACCCUACAGAAGUGACUAACGCGUCAGGCACAACAAUAGCAACAACAGAAGAAACAUAUCGCACUUCAGAAAACAAAAGCCUAACAGAGACUACAACUGUCACAACAGGUACAACAGUCAUGACAACAACACCUCCCGCGUGUAAGUGUAAAGACCUGAAGAAUGAAAAAAGCUGGAAUUGUGGUGACACGUGGAUAGAGGACUGCUACAGCAGGAGUUGUACAAAUGAGAAGAUAGAGUUGACCCCAGUGUAUUGUCCUGAGACUACAAUUCCCAACUGUCCUCGACAACAGGCCAUAAAAGUCUCAGAUGGAUGCUGUGAAACAUGGAAGUGUGACUGUCGCUGUGAGCUAUAUGGGGAUCCCCACUACAUCACUUUCCAAGGUGUUGCCUUUGAUUUCAUGGAGGAAUGCACCUACAUCCUGGUGGAGGAGCGGUCACCACGUCAUAAUCUCACCAUUGCUGUGGACAACUUCUACUGUGUGCCAGGCCUCGAAGGCUCCUGUGCUAAGGGAAUUAUCGUGAAAUAUCAGAAUAAAAUAGCUACACUCAAUAUCAAUCCACACUUGUUUUCAGUACAGGCCACUCUGAACAAUAUGACCAUAGAGCCGCCAUACGAGGAGCAUGGAUGGAGGUUCGAGACCACGGGGUAUAUAGUUUACAUCUAUCUCCCAGAGGUCCGCUCUUAUGUUUCCCUCAGUCCGUCUUGGACCCUGGUGGUCAAUCUGGCUAUGGAGUACUUCGUCAACAACACCCAGGGACAAUGUGGUGUGUGUGGUGCUGGAUCAUGUAUCCGUAAAGGAGGGCAGAUAGAGGAUGACAGCUGCUGUGAUAAGACAGCGUAUGACUGGGUGUACGCCGAUCCACUGAAGCCAGCCUGUGUCUCUGCACCAAGGGAUAUACCUUGUCACACUUCAGUACCCACUAGCACCACCCCCUGCCCUGCAGACCCACUUUGUGAACUGCUACACCACCCAGUCUUUUCAAAUUGCAGCAGGCAUGUAAAUCUGCUGAUUAAAAAGAAGAACUGCGAGUUUGAUUCAUGCAGGAAUGGUCCUUGCUCUUCACUGGAGCAAGCCGCUGAUGAAUGCAAUAAUGCUGGUUUCUGUGUUGACUGGAGAGGACUGACUAAUGGACGCUGUGAUGUGUCAUGUCCAGAAGGACUGCUUUACCAGGAAUGUCGUAACAAGCUGGAUGACUUCUGCUAUGGAGGCAUGCUUAAUAAUGGAGCAUUCCUUGAGAACGGCAAAGGCUGUUUUUGUCCCAGUGGCCAGUUCAGGGCAGGAAAUCACUCAAACAUCUGUGUGUCAGACUGUCCUUAUUGCAAAGGGCCUCUUGGUGAGCCCAAACUACCUGGUGAGGUGUGGGAGUCCAAAUGUCACCUGUGUUCCUGCAACAACCAGACUCGGACAGAGGAGUGUUUUCCAAAACCUCAUGUGUUAACUAACUGCAAUUCUAGUGCAGUACUGGCAAACGAUACUUGCUGUGCUGACCAGAUUUGUGUUGAGAAGACAUGCAGUUACAACGGAAAAACAUACAAGGUUGGAGACAGAUGGAAGGAUGCCGCCCAUCCCUGUGUGUCAUUCAAUUGCAGUACUGAGGGUAUUCAGACUGAGACGAGAGUCUGUCCCGCAGAAAACUGUCAGGAGGAAGACAGAAUUUGGGAUGACCAACACUGCUGCUUUACAUGUAGCCAGAGCUGUGCUCCAAAGUUGACCAGUAUCAACGUUACCAUAGACAACUGUACCACCGUCAUGCAGAUACCUGUGUGUCAGGGCCAGUGUGUGUUGGAGCCCAGGGUCGUGUUACACGGUGAACUGCAGGUGGAGCAGAAGUGCCAGUGGUGUCAGGAACGGAGCUCAGAGAUAAAACCAGUGACCCUGGAGUGCUUUGACCGCACCAUCAGACAAUACAACUACAAGCAUAUCACCGGCUGUGAGUGCAGAGCCUGCGACAUCUACCCCAUCUAUCAAAUUUAAUUUAAUUGAAAUGUAAAUUCCAUUUGAAUUUAUAUGGAAAUUUAAGUAUAAAGCUUUUAAAGCAAUUACCAGACAAUUAAAGUGAAUCAUUUACUAAUCAUCAAAGGUUGAACUAUGUAACUUUCUUCUGUGCAGCAUUAAGUCAGCUUUCACAAUUGGGUACCCACUGGCCAUGCUGCUCUUGGUGUGAUUACUUCUAUUUUUAUGUCAGCAGAAACUCUUCAAGUUAAUGAGUCUUUUCAGGCAAAUUACAAAAAGUUAGUUGCUCAACAGUGGUAUCCAGCCAUGCAAUUUUUAUUUGCCUGAGGUUUGAGAUACUGUAUCUGUCUCUGAGAUUUAUGUCUCCACCCCUGUACAGUGAAGGUGGAGAAAAUGGACUCCC